UUAAUUUCAUUCUACCCACUCGUGGUCGCGCGGAUCUGUCAGUAACCGGAUACGGCGUGGGGGUCGGUUUGUAAAUCGUUCAUAAGUAGUUUUUUUGGGGGGGUGGUUCAGAUUCUCUUCAUAGGUCCAGCAAUAACAUUAACAGUUGUUAUAAGUCUAUUUGUCUUCGUUAGAAUGGGCAUUUUGUUAUUGUAUGCACUGCAAUGAAGGACAUUGUUUAAUAACCCACAGCACGGUUUAUUCACAGUAACGUUAGCUCAAGCUUCUCCUGGUCUUACCGGGCGGAUACAACUUGCGCAGUUUGUCGCUGGACAUGGCAGGCGCGUUGAAAUCGGAAUUCGUUCGUCUCAUGCAAUAUUUGCAGGACCCCCAGCACGUCGCGCGAUUCCAACGGCUGUGCGGGGUGCGCGGGACCGAACCGACUGACAGACUCCGUAACGGAGUGCCAAGCACUCGCCACGGGGAUGUUCAGAACGGAGGCGGAGACGCCACCCGCCGUAGAACAACAGGAGCAGAGAGCGAAAGGGAGAAACACAAUAACGGCGUGGCAAACGGGGCUGCGGGAGAAAACGUCAAUGGGCAGGCGCAGGAUAAAGAAGGGGUCGAGGCUCAAAGAUCCGCGGUAAAGCCGUUGCGCAGAAACUCUCUCACCGGAGACGUCGGGCAGGAGUUCAUCAUCGACAAUAAGUUUCUUUACUACCUGUUCACGCUUGGUACCGAGCUUGGGAACGAGCUGUUCUACAUCUCAUUCUUCCCGUUCUUCAUGUGGAACGUGGACGCGUAUGUGAGCCGCCGGUUAGUCGUGGUCUGGGUGUGGGUCAUGUAUCUCGGCCAGUGCACGAAAGAUGUGAUCCGCUGGCCGAGACCUGCCUCGCCUCCGGUGGUCAAGGUGGAGAUGUUUUACAACUCGGAGUACAGCAUGCCUUCCACGCAUGCCAUGUCCGGUACCGCAAUACCGUUGAGCCUGUUCCUGCUGACCUACGGUCGAUGGGAGUAUCCUCUGCUGCUGGGUCUCUCUCUAGCUAUCAGCUGGUGUGUCCUGGUGUGUUUGAGCCGCAUAUACAUGGGCAUGCACUCCAUACUGGACAUUAUUGCUGGUUUUCUGUACAGUUUGCUGAUUCUGGUGGUCUUCAGUCCUGCUCUGGACAUCAUCGACACCUUUAACCGCACACAUCCCUACGCCCCACUCAUCAUCAUCUCACUUCACGUAGGCCUAGGCCUCUUCUCCUUCACCUUGGACACCUGGAGCACCUCACGCGGCGACACCGCCCAAAUCCUGGGCUCUGGCGCGGGGAUUGCUUUGGCAUCCCACAUCAACUACCACCUGGGCCUUUUGCCAGACCCACCUGCAUCCAUGUUUCCUAUUCAGCCCCCGUCUUUCACCCUCAGCCUGAUUGGACUCUGUCUGCUCCGCUUUCUCCUGGGUGUCAUCAUUCUUCUGGCUACCAGAGCCGUAAUGAAAGCUCUCACCAUCCCGCUGGUCUGCUGGGUCUUUGGGAUUCCCAGCAGCGACGUCCGGAAAGCCAGGCAGCACAUGGAGGUGGAGCUGCCGUAUCGUUAUAUCGUCUAUGGAGCCGUGGGGUUAAAUGCGCAUUUUCUUGUGCCUUUCCUGUUUGUAUGUGUGGGUCUGUUGUGAUUAGGUGGAAGAAAUGCCUAUUCUUUUAGCCAAUAAGAGCCCAGUUGGACUGCAGAGGCAACUCUCUUCGAAUCAGUGAUUGGAUAGAACUAAUGGCGAUCAAUGUAACACUGUGCUUUACCUUCCAGAUGCUCCUUGAUUGCAUUUACAUCAUUUAUACUGUAGUUUUAUCAGAUUUCCUAUUCAAAACACCUGUUUGGUGUUGAUCCAGAGAUUAUAGUCUCUAUGCAGUUUGCAUGCAUGUAUAGUACAGUAACAUAUCUAUCAGAUUCUAUUCUUAUCUAAAGUCCUACUGUAAACUUUACCCUACAGUGCUUAUGUUUUUCGCAAGCAAUACAGCAUUUUUGCUACUUCUCAAAUUUUAUAGGACUUAUGACUAAUCUUUUGGCAAGUUUUGUUCAUGCCACAGUAGGUGGACUUAAACUCUUGCAUCAAGAGUUGAUUGAAAUCUCUCUUGCGAAGAUGGGACUUAUGCAAAUUAGCAUGCAAAAUCUCUGCGACGAAUUGGCUGGAACUGAUGCCAGCCAUUUAUAUUUCUUUUGUUUGCGAGAUUUGAAUCUGAAAUCUCGAAUGUUAAUAGAAAUGAUCAGUCUUGGGAAAAGCAAUGAUCUUUGUGGUAAUUUUUGUUGCACUUGAUUGAGAUGUUUAGUUUUUGAUCUAAAGAAGGUUGGACUAUUCUCCAAAGACUUUUGUAAUGAUAGAAGCCUUAAGAAGAUAAUUCAUACAAAAUGACAGUUCUGUCGUUUUACUUGCCCUCAAUAUAUGGGGCAAAAGAAAAUAUUUUGCGAAAUGUUAAACUGACCACUCAAGUAGUUUCUCUAGACAUGAUGAUCUUCAAUCCUAGUCUUCUUUUAUUCCCUGUAAAAUGCUGCUUGUAUUAUAUUUGUGUGUACAUACGUGCUGCAUUAUUGAUCACAAAGAAACGCAGCACUAGACUAAUAAAUGUUUUCUCUUCUAGCAUUUAGCAGUGUGCUUUCAGUCAGGUUGAAACACAAGCUUUGCCACUAAGCCUAUGUAUAAUUCUGCCUUCUGAUGGUUGUAUUUGGUGUAUAGUUAAGACGAAUUUGUGGUACUGAUUCAAAUGCACUGUUCCCAGAUUGCACUGCUCUGCUGCCUGCUGUUGUGCGUGUCGCCGCGAUGGCCUUGUAACAGGUCAGCCUUGCGUGACACUGCUGUGUGCGUGUGUUUAUACUCUUCCUGUGGCCUUCUCUUUCUUUCUGCACAUGCAAGUUCCUAUUUAUGCUGAAAGAGAGGCUGGUUUCCAACUCCUCACUUCUGUAAACAGGAAUGUGUUUUUUUUGGGGGGAUCCUAAUGAUGAGAAAACCAGCCAUUCUUUUCAGCGCAGAGCAAUGCUGACCUCUGACCCUUAACCUAGAAGGAUACAGAUCUAUGUAAUUUUAAGGUCGGAGGUUAUAUGGGAGAGACAAAGGUUGGAGGUGGUAUUUAGGACAGAAUACGAGAAGGAGAUUGUCCUUGGUGAGCAUUGCUUACUGGACCAAUUGUGCUUGUUCCUUACUGUGUGAUUCCAUAAUAAUUUUGUUUUUGGAUGGCAGUAGAUAAAUUGUAGCUUUUGUUUUCUCUCAGGCCUGUGUUCUAAUAAUCUGUCAUGUGUUUAUGACCAAAUAUGAGUUCUUUCAGUAGCCCCACACGGAAUCUGUAGGAUUUUCAAGAGAUUGGAUUGCAUAUCAUUAAAAACAAACUCGAGACACACUGUAGCCCUUUCUUGUUUAUUUAAUAUUUUUAAUAAUAUUUUAAUAUCAUUUGAUAACUAUUUUGUUACAAAAAACAUGGUAGUCCCAGGUCAAUUUACCUCAUUUUCCCAUAUCUAAAUGAAAACAUUUCCCCUGUAAUCAGCACGGAAUGCAGAAAACGGCAGCAGAAUCUGUGUGGUCCUGCUCAUGACCUAGAUUAAACUCCUCAGAAACUGGCCCAGUGGUCAAAUUUUUAUUUCCUUUGAUUUGGUUUUCUCCUGGUUUUACUGAAAAUAACAGCUUAUUCCGAAUAAACCGAUUCAAUUUGGAUACCACAUAGUGCCUUUUAUCUAAAUCUCUGCUAUGUUUGAUAAGCCCAGACAAUUAUCCCCAUCUGUUUCAUUUUCAUUCUUCUUUCUUUCAUCUAAGUAGAGCAUCGACAACCUUUAAACUAAAGUGGAACAGAUCAGAAUGGCUGAUUGCUGCUCAGUCCAUCCUGGUUCAUCCCGUGUUGUUAUUUAAAACUACAACUUCUAAAAGAAAGAAAGAAAUAUAAAUUUUGCCUUUGUAACUAACUGAAAUUAAAGAAGUUUUACUUUGAGGAUUAAAUUACUAAAACUGACAUUAAACCCAUAUAAACAUUUUUUUUAAUUAAAUUGAAAACUGAAAAUAUAAAAAUAAAAGCUAACUCCAAAUAUUUGUAAAUAGUCAUAAUAAAUAUAAGAAGACUGGGUUUGUCUGCGAUCAGUUCUACGUCUUAUAUUUUAUUGUUUUUUCAAACAAGAAAAUAGAUUGCAUGUUAAAUAUGUCAGUGUACAGUUUGCUGUCAUAACCAUUUCAUAAAUAUAUUACAGAAAGGUAACAUUUGUCUCAUUUGAAAAGACACCCUCCGAUUGCUUCGGAUGUUUAUUUCAGUGUAAAAUCAGUAGGAUUUUUAAAAUGAUGUAUGUUUUGCUACUUAUUGUGUUUUUCAAUUGUAAUUUUUCACCAAAUGUAUCCCAGAAGUUUUGGAUGCUGUAUGUGUGUUUGUAUAGAAUGUUAUUUUGGAGCUCUGAUUCUCAUCUUUGAAUUAAAAUUUUGGUCUUUUUGAUUUCCUUUUUAAUGAUCUGUAAAUACGGAUGACUUUGCCAUCCAUUAAUAUUGUGGGAGGCAUUCUGAAAAUGUUAAGAGCAUGAUGUAGAUCCAUUUGUAAAACCUGCAACUGUAACAAACUGAACAUUUAGACAAAAAAAAAAAAAAGAAAGUCUCCUGACCAUCCAGCACUCGACACUGGAAGAAUCGCACUCCCACAGGGCUAAACGCAUAAUGCACAAAUGACCAAGAAUUCAGUGUUAUAAGGAGACCUUUGCCCUUAUGUUAAUAAAAUGGCUUGUUAUAGAAGCUUUGUUUAAAAAAAUAUUUCAUAGAAAUUGUUAUCUGAUGAUCUUUAUUGUUUCCUACAUCAUUACGUUUGAAUAUUAUGUUCAAUAAAAAUCAAAAAGACUAA